AUGUCCGCCGCCUCGUCCACGAAGGCGCCCUCGUCGCCCGCCGGCAGCGCGGGCCCGAAGGCGAGCAAGGCCAGCCGCCGGCGCCAGUCGGACACGGACCCGCUCACGCUGGCACUCGCCCCGCCACCGAAUGAGAGUAUGCAGGAAAGGACGGAGAGGCUGGCGCUAGCGGCCACCGCGGCUCAGACGAGCCGUGCAAUUGACGAGGCGCUCCUCCAGGAGAAGCGGGCGCUGGAUAAGAAAAAAGAGGACGUCAAGAUUCUUCUACUUGGGCAAAGCGAGUCGGGAAAGAGUACGGUCCUCAAGAAUUUCCGACUUCGGUUUACGCCCGAGUACUUUGACAGCGAGCGCGCGGCGUGGAAGAUUGUGGUAUUGCUCAACCUCAUCAGCUCGAUCCGCACGACCGUUAACACGAUCCAAGCCGAGCUUGCCGCGCCCGAGUUUACUCUGGUCUCUCCCCAACACGCCCAGCUAUGUACUGAGCUCCAACCGCUGCUUCACCAGGAGGAGACGCUCGUGUCGCUGAUCGCAGUGUCGCCUCACUUUACCGACCCCGGCGAGGCCCUUGUCCGCCCAGGCGGAGCGUGGAAGCGCGUGCUCGCGGAGAGCGACGAAGCACGUGCCGCCGCUGCCAUCGUGCACGAGCUAAGGGAGGAAAUUGAAGCCCUCUGGGCGGACACCGCCGUCCGCGAGCUCCUCGAGAAGCGCGGGAUCAGCCUUAAGGACGGUGGCGGGUAUUUCAUGGACGACAUACAUCGCGUCACGGCGCUCGAUUUCGUGCCUACAGACUCGGAUAUUUUACGCGCACGGAUUAAGACGCUAGGCGUCGAAGAGCAUUUCUUCGAGAAAGAGGCCGCGGCGCCAGGGACAAAAGGUGUCAAGGACUUCUGGAUAUACGAUGUCCCCGGCUCGCGCGGGUCACGUGCCGCAUGGAUCCCGUUCUUCGAUAUGGUCCAGGCGAUCGUCUUCCUCACGCCGCUCUCGUUCUACGAGGUGCUCGAGGAGGACACGCGCGUCAACCGCCUCGAAGACAGCGUCGUGCUCUGGAAGGAGAUAUGCUCUAACAAGCUGCUCGAGGCGUGUUCCAUCAUCUUGUUCUUUAACAAGAUGGACAUCCUCAAAGCCAAGCUCAAGGCAGGGCUAAUCGUGCGCGAGUAUGUCACAAGCUUCGCAGACCGGCCGAACACCUAUGCUGGCGCGACGGGGUACUUCAAGGAGAAGUUCAGGGCGUAUCAUAAACGCCUCUCGCCGCAGCCGCGCGCGUUCUUCUACUACGAGACAACCGCCGUCGACACCCGUUCGACCGCGAAGAUCAUCGGCACGGUACAUGAAGAGAUAUUCCGGCGGCAUCUCAAGGACAGCAUCCUGAUAUAG